UUCUUAGAGUUAUAUUCGAAAAUCCUAAGCUCCCGAUCAAAUCUCGAAAACCCUCAGGUUGUGGUAACAUGAACGAUUUAUUUAAAAAAACAAAUUUCCUUUCCCUCUCAUACACGUUGGCCUUUCCCUCUUCUUUUUUCGUGGUGUUGCUUUCUUCCCCGUAGAGCCUCUUCGCCUUCCGUCUUCAUCCUUUCCAAUUCCCAAAAUGCUUAGACUCCAUGGAAGAUCUCAGGCAGUGCCCCUAUCGUUGUCCCCCGUUACCGUUGCAGAUUUUCGGGAGUUGCUGGCCUUGCCACUGAAGAUUGCCAUUGAAGAUUUUGGGGAGGUGCUGCCGUACACGUGCCACUGCUUCUCACAGCUUCUCCCAUUAUAGAGCCUCCUGAUAUUGCCUCGCAGAGGUCCUCCCAUAAUUAAAGACUUCAUAGAGUUCAUCGGGCCUCCUCCUAUGCCAUUCUCUCUGGACUGCGUGUCCUCUGCCACGUCAAGUUCACAUUUUGCUGUGACAAGAAAAAUAUCGAUCUUCAUGUCCCAUGAGUUAUCGGGUCUAUUUAUGAUCAGUCUAACGCUUAAGUUUACAAUAGAGAAUGUGAAGCAUUCUAUUCUAUAUAGGAGGAUGGGACAUUGAGCUGAAGUUGAGUACUUUUUAAGUCAAAUUUGCAGAACAUCAACAAAACCCGGAAGGCAAAGUGCCCGGUAUUAGUGAUACAUGUAAGUACUUCUCUACGCUGCUGCUGUUGUUUUUUUCCCCUCUGAUUUGAGCUCCUGGACUCUGCAUUUGCUGUGCUUUUGGUGUUUCUUUUUAAAGAAUUUGGUGAAUUCCUUGCAUUUGCAGAUCUGCUAAAGUUUAUGGUGUUUAUGGUUUUCCUAUGAGACAGAUGCUUUUGAGCUUGUGGAUUCAUUUGCUGUGUCUAUGGUUUUCAUUUGGUAAAUUGUUUUUUUUUUUUUGUAAUUUUAGGGAGACAAUGUUAGUAUGAGAAACAUCUUACAAACUUAUUAUCUUAUACACUGCUUUCCUCAUUUUUCUGCAUCUUUCAGGUUGAGAAAUAGUGAAAUUGGAAACCGGGAAAUGCCCUUAUGUCGCGAGGUCCUCGUCUGCAGUUUAUCUCUACUUCAGCUACUGUUGCAGCCAGAACCUGAAAGUCUCGGCAUCAAGAUUUCAUUACCGAACCUUGGAAUUUUGGAAGGCCAACAUGUGUUUUCGAAUUCUGUGGGGCUCUUCAUUGGUGUGAGGAGAGGAUACAAAAAAACUGGAAGCCCAGUAAUCCAAAAUUCUCCAUGUGUUGCAUGGAAGGCCGAGUCCAACUCCCGCUUUUGAAACCACCUCCUGCUUUACUGGAACAAUUACUCGAUUAUCGCAAUCAUGGAAAGGCAGCAGCUUUUAGGCAUAACAUUAGAAUUUAUAAUGCAUCGUUUGCUUUUACAUCAAUGGGGGGCAAAAUCGACAACGAAAUCAACAAGUGUGGUGGCCCUUACCCAUUUCGCGUGAAUGGCCAGCAUUGCCACCUUCUUGGCUCUUUGGCCACUUUGGAUGGUGGGAAGGCUCAAUUUGCACAGUUAUACAUACAUGAUACCGAAAAUGAGAUUGCAAACAGGUUGGCAGACUUGCGAAGCGUGGAUCGUCAAAGCUCACUUGACGAGGACUUUAUGAGAGGGCUUCUAGAGAUGUUGGAUGAGCAUAAUGUCUUAGUGCAGUCUUUUAGGAUGGCUAGAGAUAAAUUUCGUGAUAAUGAAGCUCGAGAACUUAAACACCGAUUGAUUGGUAAUAGGUAUACUGAUGGUAGGCAGUAUAACCUUCCUUCUUGCUCAGAAGUUGCUGCACUUAUUGUUGGCAAACCAUCCGAUGAAGAGACUCGCCGUGAUAUAAUUGUGGAACACAAGUCUGGCAGACUCCAAAGAAUAACCAAGUUGCAUCCAAGCUUCAUGACGUUACAGUAUCCUUUGUUAUUUCCAUACCGGGAAGAUGGCUUCAGACUAGGAGCAAGUCAUCACAAUCCUGAAACGGGAAAGAGGUAUAAGCAGCAGACUGUUACAGUGAGGCAAUACUAUGCUUUCUGCCUGCAACAGAGAUCCGAAGAGGCACAAACUUUGUUGAAAGCUGGCCGUCUACUUCAACAGUUCUUGGUUGAUGCUUAUGCUUAUAUUGAGGAAGGAAGACUGAAUUGGAUCCUGAACAAUCACAAAAAGCUACGUGCAGAGUUGUACGAUGGAUUAAGAUAUGUAAUUAAGUAAGGAGACCUCACGAGUGAUAGUAUUGGCAGAAUGACAAUUCUACCUUCUAUUCAUACAGGGGGACCCCGAUAUCGAGCUCAUAAUUACCGAGUAG